AUGCCAUGCCCGACCUUGGUUCCUCGUCUCGUUCGUGAGAAUGCUCGGCAGGUUAUUGGCGCAGAGGAGUCCCCGUAUCUGUCUGUAUCUGUAUCCUGGUUUGGUAACGGAUACUUGCCGAAGCCAGCUCGGAGUGCUGGAGCCUGCGUGUACCUGCGAAUAGAUGAACAAGAAGCUGGCAGAAACCAGUCAAGCGUGGGCUGUGAGGUCCAGUCGAUCCAGUCAUUCCCGUUUUGCCCUUGCACGCCACCUCAGAUCCAGGGGGAAUUGGGAAUGGACCAUGUUGCCCUUCCCAGCUAG